UGAAGUAUAUGAUAACAGUGUUCAGUAUGACAACGAUAAUAUAUCAGUUGACUGUGAAACAAUCAUGGAUAAACUGAGGACAGAUGAGUUAAUCCUUUUUGAACCAGAAAUAGAUGAUGCCAGUUUCCAGUUUGAAAAUACCAGUGUCGAUUGGUCCAUGCUUGAUGAAGAUCUCUUGUCGGAACACAACAACAAUGAUGAACUUGUAUAUGCUGAUAUAUCUCCAACUGUAAUCUCACCUGAUGAUCAUUGUGAAGCAAAUAGCAAUGUGACUAGUGCAAUACCUACACGUGCUGAAUCUUCUCCUAACUCAAGUACAAACGAUAUGAUCAAACAUUAUGAAGAUAAAUUAAAAGAAAAAGAUGAAGAGAUUGCGGAAUUGAAGGAAGUAAUUUCAAAGCAGAAAAAAAUUUUGAAGUCCUUCAAAUAUGAUGUGAAGUCAUUUGAAGGUCGAGAUACGCAGGUCAAGCAUCUCACUGGAUUGCCAACGUAUUCCACUUUAAAGACGGUUUACAACUUCGUCGAGAAAGGAAUUGUUUCCUAUUCGGACACCAUUUCGAAAGAACAAGCAUUUGUCAUGGUGCUUAUGUUUUUGAGACUUGGAUUGUGCUUUAAAACUCUGGCUCAUUUGUAUCAAGUUAGUCCUACGACAAUAACGAAAUAUUUUUAUUCGACCCUCUAUUCGUUAUACGUGCAGCUCGGAGGGCUUCUUAAAUGGCCUGAAAAGGAAGUAUUGGAAAGUAAUAUGCCAGAAAAAUACCGAAAUGUAUUUGAAGGUCCGAUCACAGUAAUAUUGGACUGCUUUAAAGUUUUCACCGAGAAGCCAGGAGUAAAGGACGCCAUUAUUAAAAUGUACAGCUCAUACAAGCAUCAUUAUACAUUCAAGGAAUUAGUAGGAAUUACACCAUUCGGCUCCAUAUCAUACGCAUCAAGACCGUACACAGGAAGGACGUCGGAUAAACAUAUCACAGAACAAUCAGGAUUCAUGAAUUACAUCAAAGCUGGGGACGUUGUACUGGCUGACCGGGGCUUCACUGUAAGAAAAGCUGUCCAGGAUAGAGGUGCCCUUUUAAAAGUGCCUGAUUCAGCAUCAAAAAUUCCCAUUGGACGUUAG